AUGAAAGUGUCAAAUGAAAAUGAGAAUGGAGAGGAUUUCACUUAUGGAAGACAUUUGGAUUAUUGGUUUUGUGUGACUUCACAGUUGGUUCUUCCUUUAGAUUCUAAACUGACAAUCAGUCCAUCAAUUUGUGAACAUUUAGAACAAUACGAUAAUAGUCCGAAGCGAAAAACUAAAGUAGAAAUUUGUUUAAAAAUGCAAAUUGACAUCUUACUGUUCACCUGGCAGCUUAAAUCAGAUUCGUCUUGCGAUGGCUGA